ACUUAUUCCACCGCGUCGACCGACGUGAGGAUUCGAAGAAAAGCCUUGCACGCACCAGGCUUUAUUGUCUUCUUUUGCUUUUCAUCUUUUCUUACGUCUGUCCGCGGUCCAUACCGAAGGACUGUACUCUGCAAUGUCUACUGCUCGUCGCCGAACAGCUCAUGCAGAGUCCAUUCUUGGGCCCGAGCUCCAUGCGCGUCUACCUGAUAUAAAAGUUCUUCUGGUUGGUGCUGGUGGAAUUGGAUGCGAGCUUCUGAAAAACAUCGUAUUGACCGGGUUUGGAAAAAUUACGCUGCUCGAUCUCGACACGAUUGACGUGUCUAAUCUCAACCGCCAGUUUCUCUUUCGGAAAAAGGAUGUCAAGCAGAGUAAAGCUCUGGUUGCCGCUCAGACUGCCGGGUCCUUCAAUCCCAACGUGAAAAUUACACCAAUCUUCGCUAACAUCAAGGAUACGCAGUACGACAUUGAGUGGUUUCAAAACUUUGAUCUCGUGCUGAACGCCUUGGACAACCUCGAUGCCCGGAGACACGUCAAUAAGAUGUGUAUGGCGGCCAAUGUUCCCUUGGUCGAAUCAGGGACAGCAGGCUACCUCGGCCAAGUCCAGCCGUUAGUCAAGGACCUUACCGAAUGCUUUGAUUGCAUGCCUAAACCAACACCGAAAACCUUUCCCGUAUGUACUAUCCGGUCAACGCCAAGUCAGCCCAUACAUUGCAUAGUAUGGAGCAAGAGUUAUCUCAUGGGACAGCUGUUCGGUGAAGAUGAGGACGCAUCUGGUGAACUGGAUGAAGCCGAGAAACAGGGAGAAAACGCGCAAGAAAUAGCAACUCUGCGUGAACAAGCUCAAGCAUUCAUGAGCGUUCGUAAAGCGCUACGGACACCUUCAAAAGACGCCGCAAAGAUGGUAUUCCAAAAGAUCUUUAAAUCGGAUAUCCGAAACCUCUUAGCAAUGUCCGAUAUGUGGAGAUCUCGGGCUCCCCCAAUCCCUUUAGAGUUUGACGCAAUUCUGGACGACACGUUUGUUCUACGACAGAACGAUCCAUCGAAUGGGCAGAACAGGCAAGCUAGUACUUCAAGGGCAGCUAAUGGCCAUUCAUCCGCUAUCAAAGAUCAGCGUCCGUUGUCGUUGAGAGAUAACGUUUUGCUGUUUGUUUCGAGCACGGGACGGCUGGCUGCUCGUUUGCAAGCCGGAGAAGAAAUCAUUUCAUUCGAUAAGGACGACGAUGAUACGUUAGACUUUGUCACGGCUUCCUCGAAUCUUCGUUCCGCUGCCUAUGGUAUAGAGGGCAAGACACGAUGGGAAGUUAAAGAAAUGGCAGGCAACAUCAUACCCGCUAUUGCCACGACGAACGCUAUAGUAUCCGGCCUGAUCGUGUUGCAGGCGCUCCAUCUUCUACGGAAAUCAUACUCAAGUCUGCGGAGCGUGCAUAUACAUGCAAACAAGCCAUCCGUGCCUCUCAGUGCGAUACGAAUGUGUCCUCCGAAUCCCAGCUGCGGCGUGUGUAGGGAUACGUAUACGAAAGUAUUGUGUGAUCCAUCAAGAGCGACACUGGGUGAUGUAGUAAAAGGUAUUAUGGGGGAUGACACUAGAGAAGUGAGCGUGUAUGAGGACAAACGGGUCUUGAGCGAUCCGGACUGGGAUGACAACUUUGAGCGAAGCCUCGAGAGCCUAAACGUUUCGAGAGGUAAGCUCCUUGCAAUUGCGGACGAAGAGGGGGAAUGGGGCACUAUCACCGUCGCUCUUGGACUGUUACCUGAAUCAUACGCAGCCGAUGCUCCUCCUUUUAUCCUCCCAUCACCAUUGCCCAAAGCACCUCGAAAACCCAAGCAAGCAGUGAUACCCGACUCCCCGGUGAAGAUGUCGACGCUGAAGCGGUCUGCGCCCACGGAUGAUGAUGUGGAGCCUUCGGCGAAGCGCAUCAAGGUGGAUACACUCUCGAGUCCGAGUAAGAAGCAGCGCUUGGAUGAGGAUGGGGUCAUCCUGAUGGAUGGUGUUGAUGACCGUUUGGAAGACGAUAUCAUUGUGAUUGACUGAAUGGAGGGCCGAGCUGUUUCAUUUCUUGGUGAUACUAUUACUUAUUUCACUAAUUGCGUGCUAUUUAAGUGUAUAGUAAUAGAGGUCCCCGGUCAGACCUGAUGUAAUUCAAAGAAAUUGUAUCCAACCUGCUUUUGUAUCGUGUAUUUCUUCUUGAC